AUGCUUUCACAUAGUUAUACAUCAGAGCGAAACAGAACACACGAUCCCUCAUUGAGCGAGGCUCCCAUUUCAUUUACAUCAAGUACUCACGAGAUGGGUAGCACAGACUCUCCUGAAGAUAAUCAUUGCGCUGGUGGUUCAUCCUGUGGACUUCCACGUCACGCGCCUGAAUCAGAUCUUUACUACGAUGUAGAGUUAGACUUAGAAAAUGAUACAGAAUUAGCUUCUCCAGACCAGGAGUUAAGCGAUGUUGAACUGGCUAACUUAUUAGUAAAUCAUUCAGAUAUAUUGCAAAGAAAUCAUAAUCUGGCAACUAAUUCUGGCCAGUUAGCAAAAGAGCAUAAUUUGGUACACUGUAAUUUAGAACCAGGAUAUGGAUUUUUAUCUCCGCUUAAUGGAACUCCCUCAGACGACUGCAACAGUGAAGUAUAUUUCGACCCAGUAUGCUCAGACACUGAUAAAACUCGCUCGGAUUCUUUUCACGAUCCUAUUAAUUCAUCAGAAAGCGAUUGUCGUGUGUCUAACGAGAAAACCGGCUCGGAUUCUCAUAAGCUGCCCGGACGUCGAAGAGAAGAUUUUGAUAAAUUACAGAAGCAAGAUACGUCAGAAUCAAGCUCUUCUGUUAACGGGAAUUUGAAGCAAAUAAAUAAAUUGAAUAAUUCACUUGCUGUAAAAAAUAGCUCAGAAGAAUCUCUUGACGCUGCUAGUUCUUUAGACACAACUUCGCCAAGUCAUGAGUCGCUUUGGAGCACUUUUGAUGAAAGUGAAACAGUUUCACUUCAAAAUGACAGCUUAUCUCCUUCUUUACCGGAUCAGACGGUUUCAAAAUCACACUCGGACUCGGAAAUUCUUCCUAGAGUUCAUUUGCCAACUUUAAACAUCGAAUCUGCGACUUCCAGUGAUGAGGUUGAUUUUGUUUGUCAAAGCAAUCAUAAAGAAGACAAAAUAGUUUCGCAUAUAGCAUCUAGUUAUAACGACCUAAGUGCAGCUUCUACGGGUGAUAGUUCUACUGAUACCAGUAGCAAUGAUCUUCCAAGUGCUUUUGUUGUCGAUUUUUUGACAGACAAUACCACAUUACCUGCAACAAGUAAUUUUAAAAGGGAAAAUUUAGAAAAUAUUGAAGACGGUCUGCGAAUAGAAGAAAUAUCUCCGAGUGAUAAUACCGAGCUAGCAAAAAAUGGGAUGAAUAAUCUUGAAAGAAGAGAAAAUAAAGAUGAAGACGAUGAUCCAGGUGAAGAAGAGGACGAAGAAGAGGAAAAAGAACCGCAAUUACUACGAAUAAGACGGUGUUCUUCUCUUAAAACUGGAAAGACACCACCGGGAACUCCUUAUAGGAAAAAAAUAGUUCGCUUUGCAGAUGUUUUGGGUCUUGAUCUUGCUGAUGUAAGAACUUUCCUUGACGAAAUUCCAAAAGUGCCUCACUCUGCCUUCUCGGACCUAAUCUACGAUGACAUUUUCCAGAAAGAUUCAAGUCCUGUUUCGUUCGAUGGAAGCCCGCCGAGUUUCUCCAGGCUGAGUUUAGACGCUUUGAAUUCAGUGCCAAGAACCCAGAGCUUAGGAUCUAAACCCAGUGGAGUUUUAGUUCCUCUUUUUCAACAGCCUGGAGGUCUUAUUAAUUUUCUAGACAUUGUACGAGAGCGACAAGUGUCUCUGGAAAAUGUUAUUGUUCAAAAUCCAGUAUCGGCUUGUAUCCAGGGUACUGUUCGAGUAAGAAAUCUAGACUUCCAUAAAUCCGUCCAUAUAAGGUACUCUUUAGAUUCAUGGAAAAGCUACAGUGAUCUUCAGGCGAUAUAUUUACAAAAUUCAUGCGAUGGGUUUAGUGAUAAAUUUUCAUUUCAACUUUACUGUCGGCCGCUUAAAAUUGGUGGCAAACUUGAACUCGCUGUACGAUUUCAGUGCAAGGGUGUUCAGUAUUGGGACAACAACUCUGGGGUUAAUUAUUGCUUUCAAUGUUUACCACCGAGUCAAGCUAGUAAUUAUAUUCCUAUUACAUCAUCACAAACUUCUGAUAUCAACGAUUGGUCAAUGAAUUUUUAUUAA